UCCCAAAAGUCGCUGUUAUAUUAUACUUGAAUUAAUUUGAUAUAAAAUGACAAGAAGAGACAAAAGACAGGUCACACAUGACCCCGGGUACCUGCUUAAAUCUCCGAGCACCCACGGUGCGUCCAUAACGAGAAAUAGUUCCUCUGCGACGGAAAUAUGGUAUAAGGUGGCUUAAUUAGAUAUCAGCGAGGAUACUGCAUAAAUCAUAAAAGGCCGAAAGGACUGACUACCGUUGCAUAAAAUUUGAGGACUGUCGCACUUGAGGGAAAGAAGUUAAUUCAGGCGAGAUGCUAUCAAGUGUUUACUAGCGCGAAGGUUUUGAUUGGCAUCAUCCACUAGCAGACGUCUGCAGCAGGUUGUUUGGCUUAAAUCUCAGGCUUCAUUGACCUUUGGAAGCAAAGCAAAGGAAUUAGAAAUACAUGGGAUAUAUGAACAAUUCCGCGCUGUCAUGAGAACAAGCUGACGCAAGUAUCCGACACCAACAAGCAGAUUUCUAGGAAAAGGCCUAGGAAAAGCAUUUAUUAUAGUACCAUAUUUGCGGGGUGUAUUUAAAAUUGGUUAUGAAUUCCGAGUACGACUAUCUAUUCAAACUGCUUCUUAUUGGUGAUUCUGGGGUAGGAAAAUCAAGUCUUCUUCUUCGUUUCGCGGAUGACACAUUCAGCAACACAUACAUCAGUACAAUUGGCGUCGACUUCAAAAUACGAACCCUCACCGUCGAUGGCAAGACAAUCAAGCUACAGAUCUGGGACACGGCGGGCCAGGAGAGAUUCAGGACUCUGACAACCGCUUAUUAUAGAAGCGCUCACGGUAUUGUACUCAUAUAUGAUGUGAAUGAAAGCGAGACGUUCCUUCACUUAAGCCAGUGGCUGGAGGAAGUCUCCGAGUACGCUUGCGAAGGUGUUAACACUAUUCUAGUCGGUAAUAAAUGUGACCUUAUAGAUUGCCGACAGGUAGGGUACAAUACUGCCAAAGAAUUUGCUGAAAAGUUGGAUAUUUCGUUUAUUGAGACUAGCGCCAAGGAUUCUACGAAUGUUGAGAGCGUGUUUCGCACAAUGGCUGCCGAACUGAAGGCUAAGCUUGGAUCACCGCUGACAUCACCUACUGCGGGCAACUCAACUGACGCAUGCCCUUUGAAACUUUCAGACGGAGUCUCUGUUGAACAAAGUCACAAAUGCUGCGGGUUUGGAUAGAUAACAGUAGAGUUUUUGUAGCACAUAAGUACUACAUUAACAAGAUCGAUGAAAGGUUGUAUAGCGUUACCUCUAGUUUUCUAUAAUACAAUAAAAGAGACUCAAGCGGAAACUAAAA